AUGUCAAAUCAACCAAGAUGCACAUGUGGAGUACCAGCAUUAAGCAUCGAAUCACUUAAGCCAGGACCUAACCAAGGGCGUUGGUUUUGGAAGUGUUCGAGAUCUAUGUGCAGUUACUUCAAGUGGGAUACGUCUGCCAGUCCAUAUACGACACAUCCUGCAAAAGCCUAUGCUAUUGCUGCAGCCUCAAGAAACAUACACUCAAACAAAUGGGCUCUUCAGCAUAUGGAAGUACAGCGAGAAAAGGGACCUUCGCUCAGGGAGUCACCGAUGAAAACAAUAGUCGAAUUCAGCUUGCUGUCAGAGGAUCAGAUUUGUAUCAAAACAACACACAAUGAUACGCUAUUACCUGUUCUCCGGAGUAUUCCAGAUGGGGAAUGGGACGACGAGAACGAGCGUUGGAUCAUCCCAGCUACCGUAACAUCCUACGAGAACGCUAUCCAACGCAUGCCUACCGAAACACCAAAUUUGAAUCUUAAAGUACAACCUCUUCUGCCCGGAAUUGUGGCACAUAUGAAAGAUAAAAUGAGUGAAAAGAGUAUGAUAGAUCAAAAUGACAGAGAAUUUGAUACAAGAGUAAGCCGAGUUAAAAAUUCUUCGCUUUGGAACCUACUCAGAGAUUAUCAGAAACAAGGCGUAAGAACGGGUGUGGUGAUGAAAGGCAGAGUUCUUUUUGGAGAUGACAGAGGGUCAGGCAAGACAGUUCAGGGUCUUGCAUUGGCCUUGGCUUAUGAGGAUAAGUGGCCCGCGCUUGUUAUUUGCCCAGCCUCACUUUGCCUUACUUGGAAGGACGAAAUUUUGAGAUGGCUAGAGCUGAAAGAGGAAGAAGUUCAUGUUACUCUUCGAUCAUCUGAUGUUCUCGGCAAAGGAAAUUUGCGCAAGAGAUCCAAACCAGCCGAUGCUGGUCUUCAUAUCCCUAAAAAGCGAAACGCGAAUCUAGAAUUACCCACUAGAUUUAAAAAGGAUAUACCCCAAGUCUCGGAUUCAGAGUCAGAGUCAGAAUCAGGAUCAAACCAAGAUUCAAUUAAUGCUGUAAAGUUUUAUAUCAUGAACUACGAUAUUGCAGCAAGAUAUGCCAAAGAGAUUGAAGACAUGGAUUUCCAAAUAAUUUUAUGUGAUGAGAGUAGCCAGCUAAAAAAUCGAAUGGCAAGUUUUCAAAAAAUAAUAAUAAGCAACCGUCCAAGAGCACUAACAAGGGUAUUUCAUCGAACAAAACACCUCAUAAUGAUAUCAAAUACUCCUGAGGAUGCCCGCCCUGUGGAUAUUCAAACGCAACUUCAUGCUCUUCAGAGUGUUAAAUUUCCAGAUUUCAUAAGAUUUAGCCAACGAUACUGUAAACCUACACAUCAUGUGUUUGGUUGGGACUAUUCUGGCACUUCGAAUGGAGCAGAACUAAGACACUUGAUGAUUAAAACUGUUUUAAUAAGACGAGAAAGAGAGUUUAUUGAUUAUGAAUUACCUGAACGAGCGAGACAGAUAAUAUAUACCGAAAUACCGUAUAAGAGCAGGAUACAGCUGAAAAAAACCAAAAAGGCUAUGAAAAAAGCAGAAGGAAAUGAAGCCCCAGAAGAUCAAGAUAACAUUGUUGACCCAGAGAUGCUUGAGUGUGGAAAAGCUAAAGUCGAGCCAAUAAUAUCUUACAUAGACGAUGUGUUAGCAAAUAAUGACCCUCCCAGUAUUAUUGUAUUUGCUUACAAUAAUGAAGUUUUGGAUUCCAUUCAAGAAAAGCUGAAAGAAAAAAAAAUCACAUACGGCCGUGUCGACAAAGAUACAGAAUUCAGUAUCAAGCAAACAAAAUGCGACGGCUUCAAUGCAAAUAAACGGAAAAAGAUGGUGAAUACUAUAUUAUGGAAUAUUCAUGCUGCUGACCCUAACCUAAAGUUUGAAGGUGUCAAUAUAGCUAUUUUUGCUGAGAUUUCAAAUAACCCAUCUGAAUUAAUCAAGGCGGAAGACCUGGCGUAUGGAAAUCAAUCCUGCGUAUCCUUUCAAACCAAAUACUUCAUCGGUGUUGAUACUAUAGAUGAAAGAGUGUGGGAAAAUAUACAGAAUUCCGUAAUGAUAUACGAAAGUGGAGUUAAAGCGGUGGAGGAUACAGAGAUCAGGAAUGGCCUAGAGGAUCCACAAGAGAUCGAUGAAAACUCAACAGAUAACUCUGACCGCCCAGCUACUCCUGAAAGAAUCCUUUUGACAAGAGACUCAAGUGAUUCAAGUGAAGACGAAGAUGAGAUCACAUUUGAGCCUGGACCAACAUACGGCGAAAUUAUGGCAAAGCAGCUUAAAAAAACCACAAAGAAGACCACAAAGAAAAGUAAACGAAAGUCGCGAGCAUAA